AUGUUCCAAAAAUACUCGACCAACAGGCACGAGGCAACGCUCGUGACUGUGGGUCGGGCGCUAAAUUGGGUACCUAUAAGAGAUGUUCGAAGCUACGGAGGAUCGAUAAGAAAGUCAGGGUUGACUGGCCCCACGAUCUCCUCCUCUAUUCGACUCGACGAGGAGCUUGCGAUGUGGAAAGUGAAUACUGCCACCGCACAUGUUCCCAUCGAUGCUAAAGGGAAUGAGUCUCUUGCAAUCCAGUCACCGGCCCUCGUCAAUCCACCGUGUCAGGGUCGAAACUCGAAGUAUGACUCUGACCCCCCGUCGCCCUCGUACCGGCGCCCAUUCUUUCAACCCAGCCACCCUCCAAACGGCGAUGGUCAUGACUUCGACACCUUCGUUCACAUCAGGGCUUUCGGACUCCGCACCAUCCCUCAGGGCCUCAGUAACAAGGGAGGUAUCGUCUUCAAGGACAUAUCGGCAAGCCCAGACCAGGACAUUCGCGGUGAUUCGAGCAGCACCAAAUGUCCCGCUCCCAUCGAUGAUAUCCGAGGAAAGAAAGCCCACUCGUUCUGUGACCAAACCGAUCCCCCUAGUUCAAUGCCAGAAGUUGAGGAUGUAGCAAAUACCUUAACUACUCUACAGUUUUAG